CUUCCGGAUGUGACCACAGAGAGAGGGAGAGACCGGGAGAGGGGGAGAGGGGGAGAGAGGGAGAGACGGAGCCGCCAGCAUCCCUCCGGCCCGCCAACGCCGGGACCCCGCACCGCGCUGGGAGCCGCCGCCCGCCGCCCGACCCCCGGGCCGGGCCCCCUCGCGCCCCCCUCUCCCCCGCCUCUCGGUCUGUGGAUCUCGGGCUGGUUCCAUCCUCCCAGGACCCGGGGGAGGGACUGGGGGCCCCGGGGAGGGGGCCUCGGGCGGCCCUCCCCCGCCUUCUCGCCGCUGCCCUCGCUGGCAGGAGCCCUUAGCUGUGACCCCCGCGGGGGCAGGAGGCUGGGGGUCCAUGCGCGGAGCCUCCGUACGGCCCGGCGCCUGCCGCUGACGGCGGUGGGGGUGGGGGGGCCGGGCACCCAGCCUCCUGCCCCACCCCCUGGCGUCGGCCCCGCGGGCCAUCUGGGGCCGCUGCCCCUGGCUGCGCCCUCCCCGCCGGCCAGGCCCUGGAGGGACCCGGGAGCUGCCGCCGGCAUCAGCCCAUGGCCCGGAGGCUGGCAGUUACCAGCCAGCCACUCCCUGACCCCCCAACCCUGACCCUCAGAUCCAAGACCUGGUACGAUGAGCUGCCCCACUACCCCGGCAUCGUGGACAGCACUGCAGCCCUGGCUGGCUUCUCGGAGGCAGUGUCCGCGGCACCGAGAGGCCCCGGGCCCUACGGCCCCCACCGGCCUCCCCAGCCCCCACCCCUGGGCUUGGAUAGUGAUGGCCUGAGGAGGGAGAAGGAUGAGAUCUACGGACACCCGCUUUUCCCGCUGCUGGCCCUGGUCUUUGAGAAAUGUGAAUUGGCCACGUGUUCUCCCCGUGAUGGGGCUGGGACUGGGCUGGGCACACCCCCAGGCAGUGACGUAUGCUCCUCGGAUUCCUUCAAUGAGGACAUUGCAGCCUUUGCCAAGCAGGUCCGCUCCGAGAGGCCUCUCUUCUCCUCCAACCCGGAGCUGGACAAUCUGAUGAUACAGGCCAUUCAAGUGCUCCGUUUCCACCUGCUGGAGCUGGAGAAGGUCCACGACCUGUGCGACAACUUCUGUCACCGCUACAUCACCUGCCUCAAGGGAAAGAUGCCCAUAGACCUGGUCAUCGAGGAUCGGGACGGCGGCUACAGGGAGGAUCUCGACGACUACCCGGCCUCCUGCCCAAGCCUCCCAGAUCAGAAUACUACAUGGAUUAGAGACCAUGAAGACAGUGGGUCUGUACAUUUGGGCACCCCAGGUCCAUCCAGCGGGGGCCUGGCCUCCCAGAGUGGUGACAACUCCAGUGACCAAGGAGAUGGACUAGACACAAAUGUGGCCUCUCCCAGUUCUGGGGGAGAGGACGAGGAGCUGGACCAGGAGCGGCGGCAGAACAAGAAGAGAGGGAUCUUCCCCAAGGUGGCCACGAACAUCAUGAGAGCCUGGUUGUUCCAGCACCUCUCGCACCCGUACCCCUCAGAGGAGCAGAAGAAACAGCUGUCCCAGGACACGGGGCUCACCAUCCUACAAGUCAACAACUGGUUCAUUAAUGCCCGGAGACGCAUCGUGCAACCAAUGAUCGAUCAAUCCAACCGCACAGCAGGGCAGGGUGCAGCCUUCAGCCCAGAGGGCCAGCCCAUGGGGGGCUACACGGAGACUCAGCCACAAGGGACUGUCAGGCCCCCAGGAUCAGUGGGGAUGAGUUUGAACUUAGAAGGAGAGUGGCAUUAUUUAUAGAUGCUGGAGUCAGGAGAAAUACCCCAACCUCUGGACUGUGACUGCCAGGCUCAUACCUGCUUCUGGUCAACGCCUGGCCCUCUGGCUUCAGGACCCCACCUCCUAUGGCCCCCCUAACUCAAUGCCUACCUCCCUGGGGCCCUGCCGGGACAUGAGGGGCCUGAGCGCCCACUCGAGGGUCUCUCAAGGACAAAGACAAGGCCUCCAGGCCCUGUGCCCCACUUCUGCCCUCAACUCUGCCUGGAACCCGAGCUGAGAUCCUGGGCCUGGGUGUUCAGAAGAUGGCGGCUGGGUAACCCCCCACCCCUAGGACAGAGAAGGGAUUGGGGGUGGGCUGGGGCCAUCAGGGAAGGAGGGUCACCCAGAUCUGACAUUUAGAGAGGUUUCCUUCAUCCUCCCAGCCCACCCUCUUUCCCCCUCCCCCACUCCCCUCUUGUGUUGUCUUCUACCUUUUUUUUUAAGCAUAAAGUCUUAAAAACAAAAGGC